UAAACAGGAUGCGGAAUGAGUCAAAUCAGAAACACGCGUCAGUGACCUGGAUACAUGAAACAAGCACAUCUGUAUUUAUUUUUAUUUUAUUUGCCGCCGUAACAACAGUAUUUUACAUUUUGAAUCCAUGUGAACCUCAUUCGAAGAGACUGUGAGCUACUCUGGAGGACAAUCAUGAAGAGAAACAAGCAGAUUAACAUCAGGCGUGCCCUCGCCCUGGCCAGCACCUUCAACUUCCUGUGCUCCUGUGCCAAAGGCUGCCUGCUCCCCUUCCUCACUCUGUACUUCAGGCAGCUGGGCCUGACUCCUGCGAUGACAGGCAUCGUCAUGGGCACUAAACACCUGAUAUCGCUGGUCUGGAGCCCGGUGGCAAGCCUGCUCUCCAAACACUACAACAAGAGGCGAGUUGUGAUAUACGCUUCUCUUGUGUGUUCGGCAGCAGCAGCUCUGGUUCUGCUGCUCGUCCCGCCUACAGAUGUGCACACACAGAGCAGCACCUGUAGUAUGUCUGAUCUGAGCAGCGUUGGACCUGAAACAACGACUGGAACUCACCCGAAAGGUGCUGUUUCCCAUCCCAGAGUCACUGCUCCUGCAAACACACUCGCUGAUACUAAAUCUGCUCCAUUUACGACGAGCAAAGCUUCACUUUAUCCUCAUGGUGAUGAUAAACCUCAUCCUCAGGUGACGCAGGAGAAUAUCUCUGUUGUGGUAAACAGCAGUUUUCAAGAACCAACGAUCAGCAGCUCUGUUGCGUAUAAAGCCACCAGCUCCUCUGCUGCUGCAGUGAGGAAUAAGAGGUCAGACUUCAAAUCGGGGUCUGAGGAACUGCAAGGAGAAGAGAGGACAGAGGAGGAGAGCCGUUUUGACUUUCUGGGCAACCUGAAGGUCAUGGACACUCAACACCAACUCUUCUUCUUGAUACUCAUCAUCGUCUCGGUGUGGGAGUCUGUCUCAGCCCCUCUGGAGUGGACGGCAGACGACGGAUUGUACGAGUACCUAGAUUUUGUGGAUGCUUCAGACCGCUACAGCAACACCGGGCUGUGGGGUUUACUGGGAGCAGCGUUUGGGGUUGGAGGAGUGGGGUUACUGGUCAGUCAGUUGAACUGUCUUAUAGCUGCUCAGACACAGAGGAGCGUGGUGCAUUUCUACUGCUACGCUGGUGCGGCAGCUCUGGCCCUGCCUGCAGCUGCCUGCCUCCCUCUCUAUUUGAACAAAAAGCAAGACAGAGCCAACGGGCUCCUGAAGGCCGUGCAGCUGGUGCGUGGCUCCCCCCGCGCUCUGCUCUGUGCCGUCACCACCCUGCUGGUCGGGGUGGCGGGCUCGGCCGUGGAUAACUUCCUCCUGUGGCAGAUGCAGGAACACGGGAGCAAUGAGCUGCACAUGGGAUUGUCUCUAGCCCUCGCUCUGCUCUCACAGGCCUCCUUCCCUCUUCUGGCUGCCCGGGUGUCCAAACUCUUCAGCCCAGGACGGGUGCUCGCAGUGGGGGCUGCAACUCUCGCCCUGCAGUGCUUAUAUUACUCCUUCCUCUGGGGACCGUGGGCGGCUCUGGUUGCUCAGACACUGAGUUGUUUCAGCAGUGGAGCCCUCUGGUGGGCUGUAAAGGUCCAGUGUGAGGAUGUUGCCACGCCGGGGGCUGAGAGGAGUGUGAGGAGGGUCUACAGUUCACUCUCUCUACACCUGGGAAGCGGGCUGGGGAGCUUCGCCGGAGGGUUUAUGGUGCAGAGGUUUGGGCUGGCGUGGUUGUUCAGAGGAGUGGCAGCGGGUCUGAUGGUGUGGUGUGCGUGUCUGCUCCUGCUCCAGUGGAAGGCCCCUCGCCAGCGCAGGAUUAACUACUCUCGCCUUUUGGCAGCUGAUGCGAGUGAAGCCAGUGACUCGGAGUCAGAACAGGAGAGAGACUGGCUCGAUAAAGCGAUGGAAGACGACAGAAGCAAUAACAACUAUGGUCAGAGGUAGUGCUGGGUGGUGUGCGCUAAAAUUUACAUCACGGUAUGUUUGUUUUUCUUACAAUCAAUGGUUCUGAAGGGGUGAAUCACUGGUAUAGCAACUGCACGGCAGCUGUUACUGAACCUAUCUGUGUUCCUAGGACAUAUUUCACACAGUGAAGAGGCAUUUUAAGAACAUUUGUUGUGCAAAACAGAAAUAAUAAAAAGAAAAAAAUACUUUGAGCAGAAAAUGAUAGUUUCUGCUUGUCGUCUGACCAGAGCUGUGUCGAUGUAAUGGAACUUCCACCAGUAUUUUUUUUUAACCCGCUCUUCCUCCUCCUCAUUGUGUGCAGCGCUCUUAGCCACUUCCUCCUUUCCAAACUCAGCAGCAUGAGGUUUCACAUUUUCCAGAUGAACUGCCGGUGCAGUGUGAUGAUGACAAAGCCUGCAGCGAAUCUUCUUCUUCUUUUUUUUUUCCAAUAGAUGAGACACUGUUUAGUGCUUUGCUGUUUCCCACUUGUGCAGUUUUGUCACUGCCACUUGAGAUCUGUGAGGGCUCUACCGGUCAGCAUGGUAAAGUCAAAAUCCCUACUACUGGACAAAUUCAUACCAGUGCACUAACUUUACUGUCCACCCAUAGAAGGAGGAUGAACCACUGAAAUCAAUGAGAGUGCAGUGGAUAGAUGGGACUUAGCUUCACUAAAUCAAACCAUAUAAUAAUUUCCUGUGACAAUAUGAAAUAUCAUUUCCCACCAGGUUAUCACUGUCAGUCUUUAUCAUCAUGUAACAUGACCAAAAUAACUGAUUUCCUACCCUGACAGGUUUAAUUAAAAUCUAAGUGUUGACUUGACACUUUUUUAUUUUUAUUU